AUGCCCUUAUCGUUCGCCCCGCCGACCUUUGCUCUACUCCUCUACCCUCUCAAUGACCUCACGAUGGCCUAUCGAGCAGGCCUGGUCGACAGCUACGGUAUCGCGGGAAACCUAGCUCAAUCAUUGGGCUGGCCGCGAUCCAACGAGUAUCAUCCCCCUUCGGUGCCCCGUUUCUGGCCAUCAUCCCACCAGCCAAUGGCCCUCCCCGGAAGCUCUCCUUUCGUCGUCUACCGUAAGCACGAGGAGUCCUGGUUUGAGAUGGCCCCGGCCUCGACCUAUACAGCUCGGACUGCUACGUGGAAGCCGCACACCCCUGGCACAUUCCGACGCCUCCAAUCGCGCCCUCUACUCCCAUCAACGUGCCGCACGGCAUCAUCAAGUUCAAUCAAUUAUGCCAGCGAUGCGUACACGGUCCCAGCGUAUGGCUCGAACGCUCCCUACGUGCCGGCGGGCCAGGGUUCCGCAUCCACAUCUUCAGCCUCCUCCGUCCACUGGACGUGCAGCAACGCCGCCGCACCCGUGUUCAUCCUCAGUGCAAUACAACAAACGGGCCAGUACCCUUCGUCCAUCCCCAACGCUGCACAUGCACACGCCCCUGGGGACAUUUUCCUCAAGGCUGCGGUGUUGCUUUUCGCAUGUACUAGGGCAUUCUCUGCGAAGCGGGCGCUGCCUAUGUUCAGCAGACAUGAUGUAUGA